CGCGCUCAAAGUCGAGGUUUUCAGUUCAGUUUUCUUUCUUCCUGCUCCUGUAUAUAUUCCUCCCAAAUACCAAAUAGACACCAACAAGAAGGCUUUUCUUUUUCUAAAAGAAAAAAAAAAAAAAUGCAGAGAUUGCUUUCUUCUAAACUGAUCUCAGAAAUUCCCAGAAAGCUUCACGACACCUCGUCGUUCCUCGAAUCCCAUUUCUGCAAAAAAUUCAUUACUUUCACCGAGCAGAACCCUAAACAGCUAUUCAAGUCUUCGGUCACUCAACCUCAUUCGAAGUCUCAGCUUGGCUUCACUUUCUCUCGUUCAUGGCGGUCUUAUCACAGCGCUUCAGAGAAGAACUAUUGGUUCUUCGCAAACCCAGAAUUCGUAAAACAACUAGCCUCAAAUACCCAGUUGAUGGUCCGAAGUGGAGCGGUUAGUAAACGCGGGUUUGUCUUUCUGAGAAGCCAGUUUGGAAGACGGCAUUUCGAAAUCAACCCGAUAUUCAACUCUUCACGACAUCGCUGGAGGUCAUGGCUCCCAACAGCAGAGGGAAUGGUUUUGGCCUUGAUUGUGGCUAAUGGUGCUGUUUUUACCUUAUGGAGGAUAGCUGAUCCUACAUUCAUGAGGAAGAACUUCAUGAUUUCAGUGGAAAAUUUUACAAGUGGACGUAUUCAUACAUUGAUAACUUCUGCAUUCAGUCACAAUGACAUUGGACACCUUGGAUCUAAUAUGAUCGGACUUUACUUCUUUGGAAGAACUAUUGGACAAAUGUUUGGACCUGAGUUUCUGCUCAAGUUGUAUCUAGCUGGGGCAAUUGCUGGGUCGGUGUUCUACUUGGUACACCAUGCUUUCAUGUCGCCAUCUCCAAAGGGUGGGGGAAUGUGGUAUGUCGACCCUUUGAGGAUUCCAGGAUUGGGGGCAAGUGGUGCUGUGAAUGCUAUUAUGCUGCUAGAUAUAUUUCUCUUUCCAAGAGCUACUAUUUAUUUUAAUUUGUUCAUACCAGUUCCAGCAAUUUUGUUGGGAGCAGUUUUAAUUGGAAAAGAUAUGCUAAGGAUAUUACAGGGAGACAGUGAGGUCUCAGGAUCGGCGCACCUGGGUGGUGCUGUGGUUGCUGCUCUAGCUUGGGCUCGGAUUAAAAAGAGAUGGAUCUGAAAGCAAUACUCCCUAUAUUUUGACCCCCAAACUAUCACGAUUCAGUAAUUUACCCAAGAUGAUUUGUAAAACAUUCCUCUAGGAAAUGGAGCAUACCAUCAAUUGAAUGAUGCUUUCCUUCUUGAAGCUUAGAAUGUCUGAGGGUUUUUUCUAAAGCUUGAAACUUUUGACUUUUCCAGUA